AUGGAGUUUCUAUGGCUAAAAAGGAAUGAUCCCACCUACGGAUCUUUCAGAGGUACUCUGGGAUUUCUUAUUGCUCAUGAACUAGGACACGCUGUUGACGAUUGUAAUAAAUAUAUCAACAAAUAUGGAUUAAUGGAAAACAAGUGGAGUGUAUACAGUCCAAUCAAAAAUAGAAGGAAGACGAAACUCUGGUUGAGCUCGCUAGCAAUUAUUGUCUCGAUUAUAAUAACUGAAGCUUCGAAUAAUACCAAUAAAUGUAUAUUCAACAAAUAUUGUAACAGUUGCAGUACUCAGGAAUGCAUACAAGAUAACUUAGACUUUGAGCUAAUAAUAAAGAGAAAUUUUAAACAAGAUGUAGACCCUUGUGAUAAUUUCUACGAAUACGCAUGCGGUAAUUUUGGUAACGUUAGUGGAUCUCGACUUUCACCUCCUCAAGAUCUUUUCGCACCGUUAGCCGAUCAAAUACGUCAGUUGAAGGAAUUAGUGCGGAAAAAUUUCACCAUUAGAUUCCAAGAUAUUGAUUUUAUCAAAAGUAUAGUCUCUAAAUUAGGCAAUUGGCCGGUCGCUGUUGGCUCUCAAUGGAAUGAAACCUAUUUUGAUUUGAUUGACAUCAAUGUCAAAGCGGAAAGCAUUGGUAUCAAGAGUUUUGCUAUCUACAGAACAUUUUUAUCACUAUCAAUAGGAAAUAUAUUACUUUUCGAGUUGAAUCCGCCAGAAUUGAAUUUCCCAAGUGUAAAUGCAAGAAAUCAUUCGGAUUGGAGUGGAAUAAAAUCUAAAUUCGAGUAUAUGGUCAGUGUUGCUAAAGCUUUAGGAGUAAAUGAAUCACAGGCUAUAGUAGAAUUGAUACAGUCUUUAGAUUUCGAACAGAAACUCUACCGUGCAAGCGUUGAGAAUCACUCACCUCCACUUAACAGCACAAAUAAUAAUAAUGCAAUAACAAUUAAAGCAGUAAUCAAAAAGUGGCCAACUAUAAAAUGGAUGAAAAUAUUUAAAGAAUACCAUUUUACCAAUGAAUCAGUAGUGAUAAUAACUAACCCCGAUUACAUUACGAAAUUUGAAAAAUUAGUCAAUGAAACUCCGAAAAGAGUACAAGCUAAUUAUAUUGUAUGGAAAGCAGUUGAAUUUUUAGUUAAAAAGUUAAAAACCAAAAAUUGUUUCGAUGAAUUAGCUUCAUACUUACCCGAACUGUUGGUUUCCUAUUGGGUACGGCAUUCCCGAGUUGAAGAUCGCAUUAAAAACAGUGCUUACAAGCUAGCUUUGAAUGUCAAACACGUUUUGAUUGAUACUGUAAACCAUACAAGCUGGCUGGAUGUCGAAGCUAAAAAUGAUAUAAUUCAGCAUUUGCAGUUAGUUGAUUUUAUUUUUGGAGCGACUGACACAAUGUUAGAUGAAAAAAAAUUUGAAGAAUACUAUCAAGGGCUUCAAAUCACCCCUGAUGAUUAUCUUAUGAAUUUUUUGAACGUUAAUGCAUUCUAUGAACGAAGCUUUCUUAGAGAAACACGGAAACCGGAAAACCAAAGAGACUCUACGUUCGUGUUUAAAAUAAGUAAAUUUCCUUCUUCCAAUGGUUACAAUGAAGUAUAUUCUCGUCGAAUUGUUCUAGAUAUUGGAAUCCUGAAACACUUUUAUUUCAGUACCAAUCGUGCAAACUUCGUUAAUUACGCUGCUCUUGGAGGUCUUAUUGCUCAUGAACUAGGACACGUUGUUGACAAUCGUUACAAAUUUAUCAACAAGUACGAUAUAAGAACGAACAGUUGGGGUCAAUUGAGUAAUCAAAAAUACCAGGAAGUAGAAACGUGUCUCAUUGAGCAGUUCAAUAACUAUACUUAUGCAACGACCAACAAAACACUCGAUGGUCAAAAAUUUUUAGAUGAAAACAUCGCCGACAAUAUUGGUGUCAAAAUAAGUUACUCCGCCUAUCAAGAUUGGGUCAAGAAACACGGAAAAGAACUAAUUUAUUCAAGCUCCCAAUUCGAUGCGAAUCAACUAUUUUGGUUAUUCCACGCCAAUUUUUAUUGCGAUUAUCGAUCUGAAUAUAGUGUCUCAACACCCGAUGAAUCUCAUGCUCCGAAGGAUAAGCGUAUCAUCGGGCCAUUUUCGAAUAGCUUAGAUUUUGCAACUGACUUCAAAUGUCCGCUGGGAUCUAAAAUGAAUCCCGUAAAAAAGUGUAACUUUUUUUGA